AUGAACCAACAACAACCACCCCUCAAUGAAAAUGUUCCUCCAGAGAUUACACCUGAAAUGUUUAAACAAUUGGAGAGGAAAUUUGUUCCGAGAAUUAUUCUGAAAACUGGAGCUUAUGGGUUUACUUUAGCGACCAUUCUACUCGGAGGCUUUUAUGUGAUGAACGCAUUGACAAGAGAGGAUUAUCGAUAUUUGGACACUGUUUCGUAUCAUCGAGACCUCAAGAUUAAAGAAUUCAAACAAAAGUAUUACCAACAUCAUCCCGGACUGAUUCCAACACCAACCAAGAUGAAUCAAUUUAUUGAAAAGAUCAAGGAAGGAGAAGUUCCAAAACAACAACCGGAAUCCAACCAAGAACAACAAACCAAGGAAAAAUAG